AUGGUUCGUCGACGACUUCAAGAAGGACAGGAUUUAAAUAAUGACAACAAAAAUAAUGCCUCAGACAAAACUAAAGAAGAACAAGUUCGAGAAUUAUUAGACGAAGAAAAACAACAUGAAGGUCUUGCACAAGAAUUGCUUAGAUUAACUGGAAGUUUGAAACAUAAUUUUACAACUGCUGGUUCUGUGCUUAAAGAGGAUAAUGCGGCUCUCGAUGUUAUGCACAGAAUUGCUUCGAGCAACAAAGAAAAUUUAGUUCGUGAAAGUGGCCGUUUGGAGCAUCAUGCUUACAAAUCCUGUUUUAAUUUUAUGAUGAUUUUGAUUGUUAUUUUUGUGAUAUGGUCCUUUAUUGCGAUGAUUGUUGUUAUGAGAGUAUUUCCUAAAGUUUUCAAUGGCUACAUCAACAAUUUAUUUCCAGAGCCUGUAACCCAAAUGCCUGUCAAUGUUGAGUUCACAGUUAGGGACACACUUUCCAACUUUAAAAGUAUUCGAAUAUUUCUUUCUGGCGCAGACCCAGCUGAAAUUAUUAAACUAGCACUUGAAAGAUGUGAAUUAAGCACAGCCCAUUUGCCUGUACGAGACAACCUUUCACAAAACCAAAAAAUAGGCACCAAAACGGCUCAACAAAAUUUUGCUCUAGGAUUAGACGAAAUUUGGAAGAAUUUACAGGAAAAUGAACGUUUAAGACAAAAACGUUUUUAUGCUGUUAAUUUAUUAAAAGAAUUAUCAAAAAAUCGAGAAUUGGCAAUGCAAAGAAGGGACGGACAUAAAGUUAUGGUUGAAAUAAUUGAGGACAAUAUUGAUGAGAUUAAAAGGAAAACUGGUUUAACUCAGAUCCUUUGGUCUAUAAAUUGGGAACUUACUUUUAUGCGUCGUUGCCUUAUUAAUGUUCUUGAAAUGAUCAACCAUGCAGACAAGCAUUCGAAGGAUUUUAUUAUUUAUUCUUUAAAUGGCAGACAAUUAACUUUUGGACGUGGUUCUCAUAUUUGUUGUAAUGGGUCUUUACAGUUUGGUGCUGAUGACGCUAUUGGCGCUUGGCAAAAAAUUUGUAUAGAAUCCACAAAAUUUCUAACAUUUGAAGUCCAAAAUCUUGAAAGACUUGUUCAACGAGUUGCUGAACUUUUGGGAGGAAUAAAUUUAUUAGUUCAACCUCAUGAUGGUUUACUUCAAACAAUUAAGAACGUGAAACUUUUUAUUGCAAGAAUUUGUUCACAACCUCCAUCUGAACUUUCUAAAAUUACUUCUCUUCUCAAAAAAGACCAACAAGUUCAAAUUAUGAAUGGGUAUUCAGAAUUGGCACUUCUUCGAGGAAUUUUACAAAUACCUUGUAAUGUUGAUAUUCAGGCAUUGAAGCAUUUUAUUGAUAAAAAUGAUGCUUCAAAGGCUGAAAAAAUGAGAAAGGAAUAUUUUGAACAAAAGUAUUUUUUGGAAAGCGUUAAAAAUUCAACAGUCUCACAUUUGGAAUUAACUUCACUCACUUGGGAUGCAGAUUUAAAUUUUACACGUUUAUUAGAUGCUUUACGAAAAUUAUCUAAAAUUCAAAAAGAACAAAUUUCACACUUCUCUGGCUUAGAAAUUCAUCUUGGAUCUGGACCAAAAAUUUUUGUUCUUGCUUCAGGUAAAAUUUCAGUGCCAAUUGAAAUGAUUGAAGAUUUUGAAAUUUAA